AUGACGAAAAAAGCUAGCCCGUUAUUUAUUUCAUCGAAAGACACGCUACAGCAUAUCCUUGACAGAUACGACCAUUUUCUAUUUGACUGUGAUGGUGUCAUUUGGUUGGGCGAAGCGUUGAUCCCAGGAGCUGCUGAAUUCAUCCAAUUACUAGUAAACAACAAUAAGCAGCUUGCCUUUGUUACCAAUAACUCCUCAAACUCACGGAAUACAUAUCUACGCAAGUUUGCCAAGCUAGGGAUUCCCAAUAUCACCAAGGACAUGUUAUACCCAACGUGUUAUUCAGCAGCUUUGGAAGUACGAGAUCAAUUGAAGGUGCCGUUGGGGUCGAAAGUAUGGGUGUUGGGAGAUCACGGGAUUGAAGAAGAGUUACAAGAGAUGGGGUAUGUGACAUUAGGUUGUAACGACCCAAAGUUGGAUAAUUUGGAUUUAGACAGUUCGAUAUUAGAGGUUGAUUCCGAAGUUAGGGCUAUCGUUGUUGGGUCGACUAAAGAAUUCAAUUAUAUGCGGAUUUCCCUGACUUUGCAGUACUUGCUACACAAUGACAAGGAAAUUCCCUUUAUUGGCUGUAAUAUUGAUCGUACAUACCCUGGUCCACAUGGAUUAAUUUUACCUGCCGGCGGUAGUGUGGUCAAUUAUAUGUCCUAUACCGCCGAUCGAGAUUUCAUCAAUGUUGGUAAACCAAGUACUCAAUUUUUAGACAUUAUCUUGCAGGAUAAGCACUUUGAUAGAGAUAGGACAUUGAUGAUUGGGGAUACGUUGUACACUGACAUUAAAUUCGGCAAUGAUGGGGGUUUGGGUGAUGGGCGUGGUAGUUUGUUGGUGCUUUCUGGAGGUACAAAGUUGAAGGACUUGCAAAACUUAAUUGAUAGACAGAGUUCUAAACUAGAUGAAAGCUUAGUACCUCUGUUUUAUGCUGAAUCGAUAGGACAGUUAGCCCAGUUGUCAUAG